AUUCCAUGUUAAUGAUAUCCGAGAACACUGCCAACGUCGUGUAACGCAGAGUAAAAAAACAAACGUUUUGGUGGAACGCGUUGGUUACAUUUUCUUUUUCACCAUCGACAAAUUCUACAGGGUGGAUUUGGAGCUGUUAACACUUAAUAUCACUUAAACUAGACACGAGCAGCGUUAACAGGGACUUUGUCUUGAUGGGAAUCUGUGGUUUCAUUCACAUUUAAGUGUACGUUACUUAAUCUUUAAAAAACCUCUGCCAGGUCUGGCGUCCUGCAUUAGCUAGCUUUCUGUUGACAUCAGCCCUGCUGCUGCUGGGGUUCACCGGGGGUGAAGCGACAUGUCCGAAUCCGGCCACAGUCAGCCCGGUAUGUACGGGCAGGGGCGGAGGAGGAGGAGGCGCCGCGGAGACAGAGAUCCAGGACCACCGGGGCAAAAUCUGUCCGGUCCAAGCAGGGACCGAGAGUACCAGCCAAGAGAGAGAAGGGUAAUACUAACACACGUGCACCUUCCCCAGGAGAGUGUUUUUUUCUGUCAGUUUGACUCGUUUUUUUUAACAGUUAUUUCUAUUGUUUUGAUCUGCCCAGGAUGGCAGCGAAGAUCCACCGGGCCAGUUUAUUCAGAAGACCCCCAUCAUUCUUGCCAAACCCCCUGGAGAAAGGGUAUGUCAUCUACUUGAUAUUCAGGCUUCUGUUGUGAUUCUCUAUUUUAAACUCAAGCAUUACUAUAAAUAGUUGUACAUAUGGGCUUGAUAAAUGCUGCCCUUUGACUUUACAAUAAUACUAAUAGUAAUAAUAAUAAACUUUAUUUGUAUAGCACCUAUCUAGAACAGUUGUCACAAAGUGCUUCAUAGUCAUUAAAUUAAAAAAAAGGGUGAGACAACAAGACAUAAAAAUCAACAAAAAAGUAAAAGUCCUGGCUAUACAAAGGCAAUACAAAGGGUUUUCAGUCUCUUUUUAAAAGUGUCCACAGUGUCCACAGUCCUCAGUUCUCGAGGAAGAGAGUUCCAAAGUUUCGGAGCAAAAAUGCACAGUCUCCUUUGGUUCGUAGUCUGAUCUGGGGGACAACCAGUAAACCCUGGUCAGAGGAUCUUGAAGUAAGCUGUAAGGCUUCAGCAAGUCUCUGAUAUAUGCUGGAGCUUGUUCAGGCAUUUUCACAGACACUGGUAUGGACACAUAAACUUAGGGACAACAAGGUACGUUACAUAAUAAGGGACAGGAGAGCGCACAGCACAUCGCAGUACCAACAAUAAGGACGAGGCACACAGGACAUCACAUGCAGAUGAGGCACAGGAUUAGCUUUGCAGACUGUUCAGAGCAGCGAUGGCAGAAGGGACAAAGCUUUUACUGAAGCGUGCCUGCUUCCACCUCAGAGUCCAGAACCUGUGGUCUGAGGGCAGCAGGCAGAAGUGACUGCGGAGAGGGUGGUCUGAGUCUGUGCUGAUAGUCUGUGUCUGUGUAAAGACCUAAGGAUGGGUGUGACGUGGACCAUUCGGGACCAAUGCCAAACAACUGGCUUGCUUUUUGGGAGUGAUACAGAGAGCAUGGGUGGCAUCUGGUAAGCCCCUUCAUCGCCAAACUCUUAUUUAUAUGUUCUUUUGUUGGAUCCUUUAUAAGGCCAAGUCAUCACAAAGUGCACCAAUUACUGGAGCUCUGGUCCUAGAGAAGCCCAUCAUGUUAAUGAAAGCCAGAGAUGAUGCAGGGAAGCCAGGAACCCCUCCUGAGGCAGCAGCUCAGCCCUCUGGUCCUGGUCCCUCCAAGAUGGAGAAGGAAGGGCAGCGACCUACGCAGCCUGUAUACCAGAUUCAAAACAGAGGAAUGGGGGCUUCUGCGGCGAGCAGCACUGUUGACCGUGAGUUUUUUGAGAGUUCACAGAACAGAUUCUUCUUGUCUCUUAAUGCCAGUGACCUUAAAUUUGAGAAAAACUUAAAUGUUUUCACGAAAAACAAAUACAAUGCAAAGAAAAGGAAAGUGAUUCUUGGAUCUUCCUACAUGAUUUCCAGCCAUGGUUGGCCAGUCUAAACUCCUCCCUCCAGAGAAGAUGAAGCACAGUAUCAAGCUUGUGGAUGAGCAGAUGAACUGGUGUGACAGUGCCAUGGAAGUGAGUUGAUGUUUAGUGAACUCAGUUGCCUUCAUAUUAAUGAUAUGAAAAUGGUUUUGAUGUACUCUACUGUAUCUUAUUCCUCGUGAUCAAAUAUAAACAUAUUAACUCUGCUAACAUUUUAUUGUGAUGUGUUGCAGUAUCUGCGGGACCAAACAGAUAUGUUGGUGGUUGGAGUCAUUGGUCUGCAGGGAACUGGGAAAUCUACAGUCAUGUCACUGUUGUCUGCAAACACUCCUGAGGAAGAUCAAAGGUACCGUUUGUCAAAAAACACUCACUUGAUCGAGCUUUUAGACUGCAUGUGUAUGUGCAGAACCAUUCAGUUUUGACAACAUUAAGGAAUGUGAUAUCUGCAAAAAGGAAUUUGUUCUUUGAUAUAUGAAUGCAUGUUACCUGACAGGAUCAGCAACAAUAUAAGACUAACCAGAAAAUAGAAUUAGUGUUUUAAAAGCAGCAUAUGCAAUCUUAAGCUUUAACAAAACAAGUGAAUAAGACAAAAUGACUACAUAUGUUCAUUUAAGUUCCUAUCCUUGGUUUUACUUAAAAGCAAUUUUUGAAAAGUUACGGUACUCUCUGUGAGCACAUGGGGGUGAUAUAGCACAGCAAAUGUCCUCUCUGGAGUACAGGUGUUUUCAGUAAAAUCAAAAACAAUUUAUUUUUACAAAAGUUUCUGAGCACCAGUGUUAAAAGUCAGUUCAGUGUGUGACACUACAAUCUCAAUAUAUCCUUGAUCUUCAUAAAAAAAUGCUUAAUAAUCAUUUUGCUGACAUCACUCUAAAUAUCUACAUUAUAAAAUGAAAUGUCCAGUUACAGAGAAUAUUUUGAGGUUUCAGUUUUCAUUAUUUCCUUAGUUUUCUGUAAUGAUAACCUUGCUACCAGAGUUGAUUGUUUUUAAGUAGGAAUGACAAUGCUACUGUGCCAUUAGCAGACAAUUUUAUCCAAAGUGACACACAUUCGAAGGCGAGAACUAUACAAGCAGAAACAGGAUAAAUAAGAGCAACAAAGUACUUCAUGUCCAUUUGGACGCAGGGACUGCAAUGCAGUAUUAAAAGUAAUGCACAAAGUGAAUGAAGCAACCAGUCGUCUAUGUAAGACCCUCUAUCAUCACCAUUGAUUAAAUUGUCUUAACGACAAUAAUGACAAGUGCUGGGUCACUCACAGGAAUGACUUGCACUCUUAGUUAAAAACAGGCUAACCUUAAGAAUAAGUGAAACUAUUUUUCUGCCCCUUGUUUGGAAUAAGCAUGUUCUCUGUUUUUACAGGAGUUAUGUAUUCAGAGCUCAGACUCCAGAAAUCAAAGAAAGAGGAGGAAACCAGAGCACAGGCAUCGAUUUCUUCAUCACACAAGAGAGAGUCAUCUUUUUGGACACACAAGUGAGAAGGACAUCUUACUGCUCUAGUGACACAUGCUCUGUCUCGAUCAUUAUUACUUUUCAAUUUGUUCUCAGAAUCUAAGUGUUUGAUUGAAAUAUCUCCUUGGAAUUGAAAGAGGACUUGGCUAUACUCUGAAGUGUCUUAUUUCUCUCUUAAGCCGAUGCUCAGCCCAUCGAUCCUUGACCAUCUCAUCAACAAUGAUCGCAAAUUGCCUCCAGAGUACAAUCUUCCUCACACAUAUGUGGAGAUGCAGGUCAGUAUUGGGUCUGCAGAUGCUAUUAUUUGUCAAUGUGCACUAGGUCUGGGGAUUAUAGAACAGAACAUGAUCUUGCUUCUGGGUCUGGAAAUGUAAAACCAUUAUUCAAGGUCUGUUAACGUGCUUCCUUUCAUACAACUGACAGGAAGCAGCUUUAUGACUUGCGAAAUUAAAUGUGGUAGUUUACCGGUCUUUCAAACUCUUCUGUUUAUACAUACAUACACACACGCAUGCAUGCACGUACGCACGCACACACGCACACACACACACAUAUCCCCAUCUAAUUCCUGUGAUACAUCUGUUUAAUCUCUCUACAGUCUCUUCAGAUCACUGCCUUCCUCUUUACGGUGUGUCACGUGGUCAUCGUGGUCCAAGACUGGUUCACUGACUUGAACCUCUACAGGUAGAUACUUGUGUCUCAGCAAAGUUUUCUGUGCCUCCCUUCUGCCCAGAUUUACCACAUUAGGCAGGUAUCUGUCAGGGAGACUCUGACAACCACUCAAGGGCCUCUCCACUCACAGGAAUGUCAAGCAUUUCAUCUCGUAUCUCAGGAGGAUAUUUGUCUUCGGCUUUUUUAUUCGCUCAAUAAUGUUAUUCUUUCAGUUGGUCUGUAAGACAACAAAAAUGCCAGCAAAGCUAGAGCUGGAGAAAGUGACUGACUGGUCUUCAGGUGUGGACUCAUUCAUCUCACCAUUAGGUGGAUGGACGUACAAUAUAAGAAAGCUCUUGUACAUUAUUCAGCUCAAUUCUUGUAUUGCCUACCUUGCAGAUAUAGACCUUAUAACAUACAAGUAUCAAAAGUGAGAUUUUACUUGCAUUUAUAAAGCUGAACAUUGAAAAUUAAAGCUGUGGUUUAAGAUUAGUUGCAAGUAUGGUGGUAGAUAAUGUCAACUUCACUGGCCAAGAGAGCACAGAAAUAAACAAGUGAAUUAAGCAUAAAACAACGACAGAAGCGUGAGGGUGAAUUUUGAAAAUGAAAAGGGUUAGUCUGUUUCCUUGACUUGAUUUUGGAGAUUAAUUUUAUUGUCCCAGUGGUAGCUCAAACAGUUUCCUAUCAACACAGUUCUACCAUACUACUGAAUGUAGUUCACUCAUAAAAUAAUGUUCAAUUAUGUUACCAGUGGGUUCCACAAGGUACCUUUUAAAGUAAGUAUGCCUGAGCAAUGUAACAACCAGUAAACACAUCCACACUCAUCCGCUGACAAGCUACAAAGAACACCAGUUCUGUCUCUUGAUUUUACAAUUUAAAAGUUAGUCUCAAGAGACACUCCCAACAAAGUCAUGUGUAAUUUGCCGUCCUUUAUAGUUGUAGCGAUGUGAAUGCAGAUUUUAAUGUGACAUACAAACUUGAAUGCUGUGAAUUUUGAAAAAGGUUUCUUCAGACCGCAGAGAUGUUGAAACCCUCAACUCCAUCUGCAAGCCAUGACAGCACCGGCUCCUCAGGCACUGAUGACGGAGCAGAGUACUACCCUCAUAUAGGUGACUUUCUAAAUGCAGAAACAAACAAUCUGAUGGCAAGGUGAAAGAGUUUACUGUUUCACUGUUAAAGUAUCUUUAAUUUCCUCUCUCCUCCAGUGUUUCUCCAGAAUAAAGCCAGACGAGAUGAUUUCUGCCCAAGGAAUCUGAAGAACACGCACAUGGCGGUGGACAAAUUAAUGGCCCACUCCCAUCUCAAAUACAAAGGUGAAAGGAUUUUCUCUUCAUAGGCCACAUACAUGUAUAUUUGUCGAGAUUUGUUGUUUUAAGGGCAAACUAGAUAAAACCAAACCAAUGGGAGUUGUUUGCAUAUGAAGUAUUUGCUGUACUUGAUACAGAAGUUUGUUUAGCAAAUUGCUAGUCUUCUAUAAAUUCUAUCAUGCCACACCUGCACUCAUCAUGUAACACAUUGCCCUUUUUUUAGGUACACUGUCCAUGCUGGACUGUAAUAUCUUUCCUGGCUUGAGUCAGGACUUUCUGACAGCUGAAGUCAACAUGUUCCUCCUUCCUAUGCAGGAGAGUGAUGGGGAUGAUAAUCUGACUAAAGCAGGUCAUUAAGAGUUUGUCUUUAUACAGAACAUAAAGAAAAAGUCAUCUUCUAUAUUGAACAAACUGAAAAAAAACCUCCUUUCCUGAUGUUUAGGGUUGGGAACAUACCCACUCUUCUCUCUGCUCCCGGGCUACAGAGGACACCCCUCCUUCUCCACCAUGGUUUCAAAACUCCGCAGCCAAAUACUGGCCAUGCCCCGCUGUCAGCUAUCACACACCAUCCUUACUGAGAAGAACUGGUAAACACCACUCUCCUCUUUGCCAAAUAUCCUUUCAUUUACACUUAGGAUGGAGCAGCUCAAGGUUGUUUUUAUUGGUAAUUCAACAUUUCAAUGAGAAAAGAGAGACAUAAAAUGGGUUAAAGACGAGAGACAAAAUAUGCAUCAAAUUCUACAAAUUUAUCAGUUUGUUUUUGCUUGUCUUCACACCACCAUUAAUCAGAGUAGGGCUGUCCCAUUGUACAAGUAUUGACAACUAAUGCGUUGAUAUUAUGCUAAAACCAUGGACCGAAUGUUGCCUCAGUGAUGCAACUGAUUAUUCUAAAAGAGAUGGAGUGAAUGCAUCAAAGUAAAAUCUACUCCCUGUGCAUUUUGUGAAGUUAUCAGACCCAAGCUGUUCUUUGAACCAGGCUAAAAACAUGUUUAUUUUUGCUCUAAAAAUGGGCUUUUUUGAAUGAGUGAGUGUGUGGUUUUCUGUGCUCCUGCAGGUGGUCUACAGCAGGCAGGCAGGCAGGUUUUUAGCCCCUUUACAUUCUCAAGACCCGGGGUUCCCCCUAGCCACAAUAAAAAUCAUAUGUUAUUAAAGUGUAGUAGUAAAAGUGUUUUAUCGUAGGGGUGGUGGUGGUUCUUAAUGCUGGUUGUCUCCAGCCAGAGAGAAGAGACGGUGGAAACAGAAGAAGACUCAGUAACCAGUUAGCUAGCCAGCCAUUACUGCAGUGCGUAGAAAGUACUGAGAGGAAAGAGAGGCACUCCACCUCCAUAAAAAGUUUACUUACUAGAAUGGGAAAUUUUUAGGUUACAGAAAAAAUAUGGGGUAGAUAAAAAUACAACACAGAGGAAGACCACAAGUUUUAAUUAAACAAGAAGUUUUUGGGGGGUCCAUGACCAAGGAUCAAAUAUAACUUUGCACAUAAUUAAAAUUAGAAGAUGACAUAUUAGAAAGACAGUUGCAUUUACUAGUUAAUUGAUGAAGCCGCAUGUUGCUCCACUCCUUGUUUUACCCUCUUAAUUUGACAGGAAGUAUCUUUGUUUCUCUUGGCUUUCCAUAAAUACUGUGAUAAUAUUGUUAAUGUGAGUUUUUGGUCUGUGGGGAAAGGCUGAUAUUUUCAUAGCCCCAACUCAGAGAAGUCAAACUUUGAGUUCAUUCAAAUGGCAUAAAAGGCAUAACAUCCAGUUUUCAAACGUUUCACUUACAUUUUAAUAUAUCUAAACAUUGGCUUCUCACUCUUUAUCUUUAAAAAAAUUGCAUUUAAAAAUAUUAUCCCAUGUCUUACUCCUGUGAUUUUACAGCAGUGGAAAGAGUAAAAAGCUGGUGCAGUGUCUUUUAUGUAUACAUAGAGCUUGUGGCAACUCUAAAGACAAUUUCAAGUGAACAUCUGCAGAUAACUAGGGCCAACAAAAUACCUCACAGCGCCACUUCUAAAACAAAGAAAAAAUAAUGUGUUUGCUUGAAUUAGAAAUCAUUUUCUUCUUUAAGAUGCAUCAAAAGAAUAUCAAUAUAGACUCUUCCUAAUUUCUCUCACUAUUCAGAUUUAAUUUGAGAAAAAGUUGUAGAUUAAAUCUAAUUGUUUCUUCCCCUCAUCACCAGUGUUUAGAGCACUAGUUUGUGUUAUACGUGUUGGGAAUUUAGGACAUAUCUACUACCUUGUUAGAAAUCUUUCUUCUCAUGCAGCCUCAGAGGCCUGCAGACACUUCUCGGGGUAAAAGCACACUCACUAUCUUCAAGUUUCAUUCUGUGACAUUAAAGAAAUACCACUGUUGCUGUAUUAUGAAGCAUGUUUAAUCUUUGACCAAACAAACACUUAAGCUAGUAAAAGUAUGGAGUGGUCUUGGUCAUGAUAGUGUUAAAGAUAUCAAAGGUUGAUUUCCUAAUGUCUCUUGAAGAACUCAACUUACUUUUCUGAUCAACAUAAAGCUCAGUAAACACAGUAAUAUAACUGCGCGUUUUUCAUGGACUUGUUGUGUUUUUGCAGGUUUCACUACGCAGCUCGUAUCUGGGAUGGGGUGAAAAAGUCCUCUGCGCUCUCUGAAUACAGCCGCCUGCUCGGCUAAUACCUCAGUUUAACUGCUGAGAAUUGAAACAGCUGUGCAAGCUCCAGUGUCCUGUAUUCUGGUCACACACACAGAGGAUGUGGCCCUGGAAGAGGACAGCAUCAUAUGCAUCCUGCUCGAAGGACAGGAGGAACAGAAAACCUGGUCAAUGGCUUUGAGUCAGAUAUAAUGCAAGAUGACAUUGUCUUCUGCAGACUCUGGUGGGAGUGGGAACAAUUGAGCUGUUGGUGACUCAUGUCAUAAAGAUAAUGACAGCUGCCUUGAGAAGAUGCAAAGAACAAACAGAGCUUCACUCUUGAGCUACAGCAAGAAGAGAAAGGGAGUCAGCUGAAAGAUAUUUUUUUUCUUUGCAGGCCAUUAUUUUCUGCGAUUAAAAAUAACCCCUGUAAGUUCUUUUGUGUGUCUUUAAACUAUCAAUAAAUAAAUUAUUGUCAAUCACUCAUGAAGGUCCAGUGAAAAUGUUAUAUAUGUAUUUGUGAAUUUGGGGACUGGGAAUUGUCAAUGCAGAGGAUUGCUAUACUCUAUUUCCACAGGGUGAGGACUUUGUUACACAAUCCUGGAUUCUGUAUUCAACUUUUUCAAGAGAUGGAGCAUAGCAUUAAAGUUUGAAUAACUGAAUCUUUAA